GCCGUCACGUGACCUCGCGCUCCCCUCUCAUUGGCCUACCUCGGUAUCCGUCGCGCAACCGAUUCCGCCCGGAGGGAAGAUGGUGGCGCCUGCGCCUCCGCAGUGACGCGGCACCGCCCCGCGGCCCGCCUUUUCCCGGAAGAAAUAUGGCAGCGGCCUGAGCUGAGUCCGGUUGGAGGCGUCACGGGCGCUCGUGGCUCUGCUCUUUGGAUCUUGGACUCUGCCCACAUCUGUGGGCCGUCCUGGUGCAGUCCUGGCCGACAGUGAUGUCCUGCCUGGUGAUGGCGACCUGGCUGGCUUCCCCCUGCAGCAGAGCUCUGUGCUGCCUCUGGCUCCUGGGCAUGCUCCUCCUGGCGAAUGUGUCCACACGACCCGCCAACCACUCGGCCGUUCGGGAGAGAGCAACCAACAGGGAGGAGAAUGAGAUCCUGCCCCCAGACCACCUGAAUGGGGUAAAGAUGGAGAUGGAUGGGCACCUCAACAAGGAAUUCCACCAGGAGGUCUUCCUGGGCAAGGCCCGUGAUGAGUUCGAAGAGGACUCGGAGCCGCGAAGGAGCCGGAGGAAGCUGAUGGUCAUCUUCUCCAAAGUGGACGUGAAUGCCGACCGCAAGAUCAGCGCCAAGGAGAUGCAGCGCUGGAUCAUGGAGAAGACGGCUGAGCACUUCCAGGAGGCCGUCCGCGAGAACAAGCUGCACUUCCGUUCCGUGGACCCUGAUGGCGACGGCCGUGUGUCAUGGGAUGAGUACCAGCUGAAGUUCCUGGUCAGCAAAGGCCACAAUGAGCGAGAGAUUGCCGAGAGGAUAAAGAACAACGAAGACUUGAAGGUGGACGAGGAGACACAGGAAGUCCUGGAGAACCUCAAGGACCGCUGGUACCAGGCAGACAACCCCCCCGCGGACCUGCUGCUGACUGAGGAGGAGUUCCUGUCUUUCCUCCACCCGGAGCACAGCCGCGGCAUGCUGCAGUUCAUGGUCAAGGAGAUUGUGCGAGACCUUGACCAGGACGGUGACAAAAGACUCUCACUGCCCGAGUUCAUCUCCCUCCCCGUGGGCACUGUGGAGAACCAGCAGGCGCAGGACAUCGACGACAACUGGGUCAAAGACAGGAAGCGAGAGUUUGAGGAGCUGAUUGACGCCAACCACGACGGGAUUGUGACCCCGGAGGAGCUGGAGGAGUACAUGGACCCUAUGAAUGAGUACAACGCCCUCAAUGAGGCCAAGCAAAUGAUCGCCAUCGCUGACGAGAACCAGAACCAGCACCUGGAGCCGGAGGAGAUCCUCAAGUACAGCGAGUUCUUCACGGGCAGCAAGCUGGUGGACUAUGCCCGCAGUGUGCACGAGGAGUUCUGAUGCACCCGGCACUAGGUCCGGAUGGUUCUAACACUAACCCAGCCUGUGUUCUUGGCCAUGACUGUGGGUGGUGCCUUCUGGAACCUUCUUCCUUUCCCUUCACACCGAAUCAGGCCUGGCGGCCAAUCAUUAAAGGUUUGCUGACCCUGCAGAGCCCUGUGCUGUGUCCUGGGGCUGAGGUUGCCCUCGGCUUCCUUCAGUCCUUGCAGCGUGGAUGUCUUUGCUCGCACUGAGAGUCGCCCAGGGGCACACUGAGGCUGUUUCUGCCCAUGGGGGCUCCACAGCACCCACUGCUCCCACGUCUCCUUGGAAACAAAGAUUUAAGAAUUGAGGAGGGCGCUGGGGGAUCACCAGCUCCUUCCUGCACGGACGUGUCAGAACUACCUACAUCAGGCAGUGCAACCGCUGAGGAAAUGCAAAGUUUAUUGUGACAAGAAUCGUUAAUUUACUUUAAAAUAUAGUUGGUUUUUUCA